AGUAGGUUUGAUAAAAUCAGUAAGGAAAACAAUCCUAUUCCUUGGAGUGACCUUAAACAAAACAAACAAAAAUAAAUUAAAUAAUAAAGUGGAAAAAUUAAUAUUGUUUAAUUAUGUUACGUUCGGUAGUUAACCAAUCCUUUUACCGUCGACUACUUGCUAGUUCUGUGAAAAAUGAGUCUGGUUUUGUGCGAUCAUUUGCAUCUAAAAGUGAAGAAAGGAAACAAGCUUCAACUGCUUCUCCAGCUACAAAAGAAUCAAGUAAACCUCAGCCUGAAAUGAUUGAAAUAUUUAUUGAUGAUAAACCAUAUCAGGUUGAAAAAGGUAUCACUAUUUUGGAAGCUUGUACAGUGGCUGGUGUCGAGGUACCUCGCUUUUGUUACCAUGAGAGACUCAGUAUAGCCGGUAACUGUCGUAUGUGUCUAGUUGAAGUAGAAAAGUCUAUUAAGCCUGUUGCCAGCUGUGCUAUGCCUGUGAUGAUGCCUGGUAUGAGAGUUAAAACUAAUUCACCAGCAGCUAAGAAAGCCCGUGAAGGUGUUAUGGAAUUUCUAUUGUUAAAUCAUCCACUGGAUUGUCCAAUUUGUGAUCAAGGAGGAGAAUGUGAUCUUCAAGAUCAAUCAAUGGCUUAUGGAACUGAUAGAUCUCGGUUAUUGAUUGCAGUUGAUGAAAAGAGAGCUGUUGAAGACAAAGAUAUUGGUCCAUUGGUCAAAACAAUUAUGAAUCGAUGUAUUCACUGUACUCGAUGUGUACGUUUCAUGAACGAAAUUGCUGGUGUCAGUGAUUUAGGUACCACAGGAAGAGGAAGUGAUAUGCAGAUUGGAACUUAUCUUGAAAAUAACGUUCUAGCAACUGAAUUGAGUGGAAACAUUGUUGAUUUAUGUCCUGUUGGAGCCCUUACCUCGAAGCCUUACACUUUCACAGCUCGACCAUGGGAAUUACGACGUUUUGACUCUAUAGAUGUAAUGGAUGCUGUUGGAUCUAAUAUAAGUGUUUGCCAAAGAGGCGGAGAUUUGUUGAGGGUUAUACCGCGAGCUAAUGACGAUGUAAAUGAAGAAUGGUUAGGUGAUAAAUCUAGGCAUGCACCAGUCGACGGUCUGAAGAAUCAACGUCUAACUGUACCCUUAGUUCGUCCUUCUCGAGGUUCUCCUCUGCAACAAUGUGACUGGGAAGAUGCGCUUCUAACUGUUAGUCAAGUUUUCAAUAAGAUUCCCCCAGAACGUAUAGAAAUUAUUGCUGGACCUAUGAUUGAUGCAGAAACUUUGGUUGCUAUCAAAGAUCUUAGUUCAAGUAUGAACUGCAAUAACUAUUACGUUCAUGUAGAUAGCAAUGUUGAGCCAAGCUGCAUACCAUCAGCUGAAGAUCGUAAAUUCCGAUCAAACUACCUUUUCAAUACAACUAUUGCCGGAAUAGAGGAUGAAGUUGACUUAAUUUUACUGGUUGGUACCAAUCCAAGAUACGAAGCUCCCUUGGUCAAUGCCCGUAUACGUAAAGCUUGGAGAAAUCAUGUUAUUGAUGACAUCGCAUUAAUUGGUCCAAAAGAUCUUGAUUUAUCUUACGAUUACGAAUGGCUUGGUAGUGAUAGCAAAGUCUUAGAAUCCGUCGCUGAUGGAAAACACGCAAUGUCUCAAAGACUAAGUAAAGCCAAAAGGCCGAUUGUUAUUUUAGGACAGCAAAUAUUGAAAGAAGGUGAUGGUAAAAGUAAUAUUUUUGAAACAGUUCGUUAUAUUUGUGACAAAUAUGGCGCCGAGUUAAAUGUACUGCACACUAAUGCUAGUCAAGUAGCAGCUUACGAUUUAGGUUUUAAGCCCUCUACCGAACGAACUCCCCUUGCUAAAUCUGAUGAACCCUCUCUCCUGUGGUUAAUUGGUGUUGAUGAUGAAAACCUAGACUUAGGAAGCAAUCCAUUUAUCAUAUACCAAGGACAUAAUGGAGAUAUUUGUGCAAACAAAGCUGAUCUUGUUUUACCAGGAGCCGCUUUUACCGAAAAGCAAGUAACCUAUGUGAAUAUGGAAGGUCGAGUACAGCAAACAUUAGCAGCAAUUACCCCACCUGUAAUGUCUCGUGAAGAUUGGAAAAUAGUUCGUGCAUGUGGAGAGAUUGCCGGUCAUCUUUUACCCUAUGACACACUCAUCGAUAUUAGAGGUCGAAUGGCUCAAUUGGCACCUCAUCUUGUUCAACAUGAUUAUAGAAAAUUAAAUUUACCCUCUUCACCGAGUCCACCAAAAGCAACACAAUAUCGCAAAAGCGAUAAACCCAUCAAUUUAAUGCCCAAACUGAGAAACUUAAUAGAUUAUUAUCAAACUGAUUCCAUCUCAAGAUCAUCUCCUACAAUGGCAAAAUGUAUUGCUGCUGUACAAAAAGAGUACGAGAAACGUUCCUCUAAAUGGUAAACGUGAAAAAGAAAUUACGAUAAUUUGCAAUCAAAUUUGAAUUGCAAAGUAAAAUGAUUAAAUUGAAUUCACUUUUGUUCGGUUGUAUCAAUAGAUUGUAUGCCAAUUGUAAAAUAAAUAUCUUCCCGAUCUUAUGUUUA